AAUAAACAAUGUAUGUAUAAAACAUUUAUUAAUCGUUGUUGAAUCUAUUUAUUUAGUAAACUUUUUACAAAUGUUCAGGAUUUUGAAAUACCUAAACCAAAUCAAGGACGGUUCAUCUCAAUUCCAACGAUUUUCAAUACUUCGAUAUAGAACUUACGCAACGGAUCAGCCUCCUUCAAAUGGGAAUGAUGGCCAAAAUCCCGGAAAUGAGUCCGUGGAAGACGUCCAGCAACGUCUAUUUUCGGGUGAACCACUCCACUUGAGGGUGGAUCAAAUUCCUCCUCUUGAUAAUCCUGAAGUAAGCGAUUUUUCUAUCGAUGAAGAGGUAGAGGAAGUAACGAAACACCAGACAGAGGAUGAAAUGGAAGGAAUACUGGAAGGUCUGUACACCAAUGAGCCAAUGCACUUUCGCGUCGACCAAAUACAAAGAGACGCUGAUGAGAUUCAGAUGAUGAGUAAUCAGAUGGAUCAUGAGAAAACGCAGGAGGCAUCUAACGAAGGAAUAGCUACAGUGUCUGAAUCGCCCUUGAAAGAGAGGGAGAAGAGGUCAGAACGCUAUUUUCCAAAGUUGAAAAAACCUCCCCGAGCCUCGAUCCUGAACGAACUUAAGGUAGAGACUGUGAUCCGAAGCUACUGGUCCAGAGGUCACCUUGCUGCUCUAAUCGAUCCUCUAUACAUCUCGAGGCAACGCAUGUUCCGUCCGGAGUUUCCAUCUAGGAGAGUCCUUCGGCAACAUAGGGUCCCCGUGGACAGGGAAACCUUAUACCAUCUUUUACCUGAUGAUGCCACAACUCUGGGUGGUGGAUACAGCAGGACCAAGCUGGGAGAACUGAUGAAGAGAUUGAACGAGGCUUACUGUAGCACUAUUGGUGUUGAAUUUAGUUACGUGCACGAUCAAGAAGCUAAAUAUUGGAUCAGGGACAGAAUUGAAAAUACAGAACUGAGGUUCAUGCACAGAGAUCAGCUAAGAUAUUGCAUUGAACACAUGAUAAGGACUGAAACAUUUUCCGAAUUCUUGAAAGAUAAAGUCCCUAAAGAGCAGGUGAGGUACAUACCUCUCGGUUCGGAAACGUCUCUGCUUGCUGUGGACCUUUUAGUAGAAAGAGCCUUAAAGAAACACAAUGCAAGGGAAUUUAUACUAGGGAUGAGAAGGCUCGGUAGAGUCAAUAUCCUAGCGAAUGUGUUCAAUUUGGAUCCCGUUCUGGUCUACUCACUCGUUCAAUCUGACAUCGGAAGGAGUAGAGACGGUUCUUGCCUCGGUAUUGACGCUGUCAGCCAUUCCUCGUUUUUAAGAGGAGUCAAGAAGAGGAUGAUCCUUAUGUCGUGCUGUGCCAUUCCGCAGAACUUUUAUCCACUAACUUUGGGAUUCACCAAAGCUAUACAGAUGCGACAAAAUGAUGAAUUCGGAGAUAAGGUUUGGCCGAUCGUAAUUCACGUUGCAAGGGGUCUUGCAUCGCAGGGGAUUGUUUACGAGACUUUGAAGUUGAACAACGUCAAGAAUUAUGAAACGUUUGGAACAAUACAUCUUAUAUUCAACAAUCAGAUGGAACAGACUAUCAAACGUGAGAUGCACAUGACCCUGGAGUACUGCACCGACACCUUGCGCACCCUCAACAUCCCCAUCUUCCACGUCAACGGGGACGACUUGGUGGCAGUCCACUUCAUUAUGCGAUUGGCGGCUGACUUCCGCGCGCAGUUCCGUCGGGAUGUUGCUGUCGAUAUCGUUUCCUACAGUCGGUUCAUGACCCAAAGAGCUGCAACCAAGUACGAGUUUAUUCAGGUACAGCAAGCCAUAAUGCACACCGAACCAGUAGUGCAUAAAUACAUCCGGGAACUAAUCAAUGAAGGCGUCAUUACCCAAUCUGAGGUGGAUAUUUGGCGCAAAAAUUCACUCGGAUCUUAUGCGGAUGCUUGGCAAAAAGCAGCUAAAAUGAGUACAGGAGACAUUGACAGGAAUAUAUGGCACUCGCAAUUGUUUCUCGAUCAAAUUCGAAAAGAUAUAAAGAAAUUAGAAAAACUGGAUAAGGCAACAGGAAUUGACCGUAGUAUCCUAAAAAAAAUUUGCGAUAAAUUCUCCACAGUUCCUGACUCAAUUAAAUUGAGCCCCAAGCACCUUGGUUUACUCAAGAGACGUAGGUACCUGAUAGAAAAUGACAAACUGGACUGGGUCAUAUGCGAAGCGUUAGCUUAUGGAUCUCUUCUUCUGGAAGGUAAUUUUGUGAGAAUAAGCGGUAUGGACGUCAACAGACGACUCCAUAUUCUCGAAGAAGCCACGGCUGGCGGACAAUCCUAUGAUCUUCUCAACAAUCUAGAUUAUCAACAAGCAAAAUAUAUUCAUUGUAAAAGCACAACGUCGCAAUAUGCAACAGCAGCUUUUGAAUACGGUUAUUCUUGUGCCACAACGAGAACUUUGGUGGUCUGGGAAGCUCCGGAAGGGGACAAAACUAGCAAAGCGCAAGUUGUCAUUGACCACUACUUUGCUGGAGGAUACUUAAAGUACAAUUACCACAGCAACAUUAUCUUCCUCAUACCUCACUAUCAUAGAUGCGAGACCGUAUCCAAAGUGUGCAACGGGCGACCGGAGAGGUUCCUCCAACUUGCCAACGACUGCGAAACAGCUACCGAGAUAAAUGUUAAUAGACAGUUCGAGCAAACAAAUAUGAUACUGACCAACGUGUCCACUCCCGCCAACUUCUUUCACGUCAUCCGGAGGCAGUUAAGAAUGGCGCACCGGCGACCUUUGGUCGUCUUCACGCCCAACCUUCUGAUAUCUAGCGCCGAGUGUAAAGCCCAGAUGAAGCAACUCGAAACUGGUACUAAGUUUCAGCCUUACUUCCCUGACCCUUCCAUAAAGGACAUUUUCAAGGUGAAGAAGAUUUUGCUCUGCACCGGGAAAGUAUAUUACGACUUGAAGAACGAAAGGAAAAACAGAGGAUUGGAUGGAAAAAUUGCGAUUUGCAGGAUUGAACAAAUCUGUCCCCUUCCUUACCAGAAGAUAAAUGCUGAUUUGCUGAGGUAUUAUACGGCGAAGGUAGCGUGGGUCCAAGAAGAACCUCUCAACCAGGGUUGGUGGACUUAUGUGGAGCACCGCCUCCUCAAUCUGCCCUGUAUAACGAGGUUAGAGUGCAUCGCGAGGCCUCCUAGGGCGGACGGUGGAUCCAGGUCUGUCCAGUCUUGUUUCGAAGAACAUUCCCGUGUCAUGGUCCGGGCUAUGACACUCGAAAAUAAUUAAAUGCAUAAAUCUUUUAAGAUUUCAUAUAUUUUUUGUACUCUUUUAACGAUAGAAUAAGUUCAGUAAUUACGGUGAACGCACCAGUCAUAGACAGGGAACCCAGUGAUGGUCAGGUUGGACUUUAAAUGUAAAUAGUAAGGUUCCUGGUUGAUUUAAAGAUUCCAGUUUUUUUUCUAUAUUGAAUAAAGAUUGCCAACUGUAUGAACGAAGUUCACAAAUGAAAAUUUUAAAAUGACCAUUGUUGUUUCUAUAGUACUCUUGAGAUCAUCGUGUUUCAUACCUUCCUACUGACAGUUUUUUUAGUAGUAAGUUGAACAUUUAUGCUAUCUUAUUUUUUAACUUAAAUAAUGAUAUUAGAUUUUUUCUGAGGUAUGUCCAUUACUGGUGUCGACCCCCUGUCCAUUACUAGAACAAUUAUAUUUCGGGGUGUCCAUCACUAUAGCAAAGGUGUUUUUUUUUUAAACGAAGAUUAUAACUGCAUUACUGCAUAUUUUUUCAAUUUUAAAGUGUUAAAUAGAAAAAAAGAGACUCUGAAAAUUAUAUUUGUCCAACGGAG